GCCUGGAUCGUUAAGGAUAAGCUUGCGAAGUUUUCUUCGAACACAUGAUACGCGCGUGCUGAUUAAAGUGAUCAAAUUAUGAACGCGGUAAAGUACACAUCGGAUGUGGAAAUGGCGAAGUUCUGCGGAAUUUCUUCAGUGCCGAUUUUCAACCGGAAGUAGAGAAAAAUUUCCAUCCCUCGAAGUACGUGGAACGAGUGCCACAGAAGUAAAUGUGGUCUCGUGGAAAUUUUCUUCAUGUGAACUUCUCGAAAUUUGAAGGCUUGGAGUUUAUGUGAGGUUAUGCUCAUGUUACACCGAUGCGCAUGAUGCUUUAUCUCCAAUCUGAUGGUCAUUGUAGCAUGUGCGGCGUCGAACGCAUACGAGAUAUGCGGUUCGACAGAAAAUAUAUCCUUCUAAUGCGCUAUUCCAGCGAUUGAAAAGUUUAAUCGAUAUUUGGCGAGCAUCUUUGAUUUGUGAUUGCGCUAAGAUGUCUGGAUGGUAGACGAGAGAACGAGAUCCGGGGCGGCGACUCGGAAGCCGCCGAAGAAACCCGAGAAACCUCGGAAGAAAUCGACGAAAAUUGAAACCAAACCAAAACCGAAGAAGACAGUUGCCGCGAAAACACGUCCUAAAUCAAAUCCGAAAUCGAAAAGCAAUGAAGGGAAGGCGAAGAAGCCAAAAGCCUCGGCGUCCCCGAAAAAACGAGCACCUGUGAAACCCAAGCCUGCAAAAUCCCUCCCAAAGAAAGUGGAUGUCGAGCCCCAAGUGAAGAAGCGUCCUGCGUCUAAACCGAGAACCCCUAAACCUCCUGCCAAAAAACCGAAAAGUCCUCCAAAACCAGUGAAACAAAAGCCGGCGAAGCCCCCUCCGCAGAAGGCCAAGAAAAGUACUCCAAAAAAAUCUUCUGGUGGCACGAGGAAGCCAAACCGGCGAAUGGCAAGUUUGAACGCCCGUAUGAUGGUCAAUUGCUUGUUGAGAAGUUACGAGAAUGAUCAUACGAGUGCGGACAAACCGUCUUCAGCAAGCGUAACCGUUGAAAAAAGAUCUCAGGCAAAAGUUGUCAAGUUGAAGCCAGUGCCGAAGAAGCCGAAACCGAAAGCGGUCAAAGCUGCUGUCAAGAAAGACCCUAACGCAAGUCGAAUCGUGACACCUGUGGAGCAUGUAACGAAGCGGUUGGCAAGUUUGAACGCCUCUGCGAUCAUGAGUGCUUCCUAUUCAGCAGAGCCGCCCAAGAAGAAGUUUCCGCUUCCUAAAAAGUAUGUAUACGGUAGGCCGAAUCGUCCGUAUGUGGGGAUCCCAUUGUAUUUUGAAGCUUAUACCGUACGGGGAUUUUCAGUACCUUCCCGUUUAGGUUGUAUGACUGCGUAUCUCCUUUAUCAGUUACUCACCGGACAGCCGAAGUCACCGGAGCGGCAAGAAGUAAAUGAAGCAGAAAGCGUUGAAGCAACAAAGCGAAGGAAGCCAGAAGCAUCGAAUGUUUCCCAGAAAAAGAAGCCAGCUAAAAAGACAGAAGCGUCUGGGAAUUCAUCAGAAUCCCCGUUUCCUGUUUCUGGGUUAUAUUUCAAUGGGAAACCUUGUGUUGCCGCAGCACAGCGCACAGAAACGGUUGCAGCUGGUAGUUUGGAUGGCUUGGGGUCCAAGUACAUGCAAUCCAGGAUCCAGGCGAUUCGGUAUUCUUCGAGCUGCAGUAUGAGUGCAGGUGCUUUACCAGAUGGUGUAGUGAGGCAGUCGACGGUGGUAGAAGAGCAAACCCUUGUUGGACCACAUGUGAUGCCGGGCUGUGCCUCACCACCGACUGUCUUCCAGCCCAAUUUAACCCAGCUACCCAUGGGAGGACAGGUGGUACAUUGGGACAGACACAUGGAGCACAAGUGCCGCAUGGUGGCACAAGAUGGGUACACUCCUUUGGGCGCCAUGAUGGGCAUGGCUCAUGGGAUCCCAAGUUCCUGCAAACACCCCCUGCUUCUACCGAAGGAUUCUGCCCAUUUCACUGCAGAGGUUUUCCAGCCAGCAGGUCCGAUGAUAGAGGCUUCAGCUCCUGUGCACGAGUGGACGUCACAGCCUUCAACGUCGACGUCGCCGCGGUCUGAACCAAGCUCGCCAGGGCGUUUGGUGAAACCAGUAGCCCAGCACGUCACUGCUGCACCAAAGCCGUCUACAAGUGCCCACGUGGCACCUUAUGUAGCUCUGGCUGCCCAGCCAGUGUUCCCAUUUGCAGCCCCGCUUUGGCAGGGUGUCCAAACUGCCUGGCAUCCCCCUGUGUCGUACUAUCAGGCUGGAUUUGUUGAUGCGUUGCACGCACAAAUGCCGGGACAAUUUUUGUCAGCUUUUGCAACACCCUACGGGCAAGUGCCCAAGUUCGGACCGUGGUGCUCACCUGUCAUGGCGCGCCCAGUGUUGUACAAGUACGGAAUGUCUCCGUUUCCAACCGCAGGGAUCUCCACUGGUCCGAUGCCACCAUCCUCUGGUGCCCAGACAUCACAAGUGUCUGCACCUGAGCCAGCUAUGCCAGCAAGUUCAACAGUUACAUUUGUUACACCAGCGCCUCAGCCCGGCCCAACCUUUUCCCAGGUUCCAAAAAACGGGCCUACUGGCCCCCGCAGUGAUGGCAGCAGGGGGCCAGUUAGAAAUCGGUCGCCACGCCCAGAGGUAUUAACCUCGAAAUCCUCCGAACCCCGAUCUGCAACGCGCAACUUCCGAGUAGCCAUGGGUGCUGCAGCUGGGAUCCAUUUGUUCGCCAGUGAAAAGGAUGGCGUGCUUGUCGACGUCCAUGCCGUCAACCUUGACAAACGCUGUGACUGGAAGCCUGGCAAAAAACCUGCUACCGCUCCCAAGAAGGGGAGUUUGUUGUUGUCCCGUCCAAAACCGAGACUCCGUCCGGAACCGAAGCGAGUAGAAGAAACAGGCCGUUCUUCCCAUGCACAAUUACUGAAAGCAACAGAAACAGUCAUUGAUGUUCUCAAAAGCAAUGGAAUUACAGUGAGAAAGCCAAAGCUGAAAGAGAAGUCUCCGAAACCCAUUUUUGCCAAGAAACCUUCCAAGAAGCCCAGAAAGAAGGUAGUGAAGGAAGACGUUCCAGCUGCAUUGCAGCCAGUGGCGGAGAACUCUCAGUUCCCCAAGUGGUCCAAUGGGUGGGCUUGGUGUGGUGAAGCCAAAGACGGGCUUGUUUAUCUGAAGGUGGUCGCGGAUGGUUUUUCUACUUUCGUUGAAGGAGAUCAAGCCCCGGUGAUGAGGAAGUGUUAUCAAGCAAUAGUGCACCAACAAGGGGACGUGGUGCGAGUCCGCGACUGCAUCCUCCUGCGCUCCGGAACCCGCAAACUUGACCUGCCCUUUGUCGCCAAAGUCACUGCACUUUGGGAAAGUCCCGGAGACAGAGAGAUGAUGGUAUCAGUGCUUUGGUACUACCGAAAGGAGCAGACGUCUGCGUCCGGGAACCCGUUGAUGCAUGCGAAUGAGGUUUUUGCUUCUCGCCACUGCGAUGUCAUUGUGCCAGCUUGCAUUGAGGACAAGUGCUAUGUUCUCACUUUCAAUGAGUACUCAAGGUACAGAGCAGUGAUCAAGAUGAUAGAAGAAGGAAUAGUUUUCAUGAACUCGGUGGUGCCAGAGCCGAGCGAGCCGUACUCGCGCCAAGAGUCACUACCCAAGUCACACAUGCCACCGGACAGGGUGUUCUUCUGCCGCAGAGUCUAUGACUUCCAGGGGAAGGGGGAGGGUGGACCAAUGAGUAAAUUUUGUGUAGUCAUGGCAAGUGCAGGAACGGACGGAAGCGUGGACUCUGACGCUGUUGAGACAUUCUUGACGAAUUUGCUUAGCUCAACUGACUUCAAUCCCUUGCUUUCGUUUCGUAAGCCCUUGUCGAUUUUGGAAACCGACUUGCAAGAUGAGCUCAGGUGGCUGGUGAUCAGUUAUCUGCGAAGCUCGUCUUGUCCGGACAAGAUCGUAUCCUGGUUGGCCGGCGUAAUUUGUGCCAGUAUUGCACCAGAGGAGCUGGAGCCCUGUGAAAAACCGCCGACCGAGAGAAGAAGAGACGUUCCAGGGUACAAUGUUGUGAAGUUGGUGAACCUAGUUAGAAGGAAAAUAUUCCAGGUUUGUGGAGACUUAAAACGACACAGUGUGCCUCCGGGGUUCCGCGUUGAAGGAGACCAAGAUGUGAAGAUGAACGGCGCCGAAAAGGGCGCUGGAGAUGACGAAGUGGAUUCCGGGAAAGAAGACUCAGUUGCCAGGUGCUUGGAAAGAAUACGUGCGACUGCAACCAGUCUCGACCACAUCAGCUUUUCGUCUUCUGCCUUGAAAAACAAACGUGCGCACAUGGAGGAUGUGCUUUCAAUCAUCCCGGAUUUAAGCGCUUUGUUUGGCAAAAAUGACUGCCCAUGUACAGCGUAUUGCGGGGUGUUCGAUGGUCACAGUGGAGCCCACGCAGCCUUAUUUGCAGCGUCGCACCUGCACAGGCACAUAGUGGAACACGAGCUUUAUGGAAGUGACCUCACGGAACCUAUUCGGAAAGCGUUCGUUGAGACAGACCGGGAUUUCUGUGAACGUUUCCGCGCCAACGGUGGAAGCACGGGACUGGUUUGCGUCGUGCGGGAAAAGAAGCUUUACUUGGGCUGGUUGGGAGACUCGGAAGCUAUGUUGUAUGGAAAUGGCGGAUCUCAUAUUUUGUGGACUCCCCCCCACAGACCCAACGACCCGUCAGAGAGGGCGCGGAUCAACGCAGCGGGUGGUUGUGUGACGAGUGUGUACGGGACAUGGAGGGUCAUGGGCACUUUGGCCAUCUCCAGGGCCAUAGAAAUUAAAACAACAAUGAUGGGUUUUGCGGUCAUGGUGUUGUUCCUUGUGCUGGUGAUGCAUCCUGAUGUGUCAUCAGGACAAUGUGUAGUCCAAGAUGGCUGCCUUCAUUGUUCAGAGGCAUGCAACGCAGACGCAGUUCAAGCAUCCAAUUUUGAUGGCAGGAUAAUCUUGACUGGUCCUGUCUUGGAUUUCGGCUACUUGAGUUUCUUCAUUAUCAAGAAAGUGGAGCUGAUUAAACCAACCCAGUGCAACGGAGACUUUAUUGCGUCGGCAGUUGAUCCUGCUGAAUUGUGCAUCAGCUUUGCACCAGUGAGGGACGUUUCUAACGUAGGGCCAGUGUCAGCAUUCUCAACGGUGGCUCCAGAGGUGGCAACGGCAACAACGGUGCCUGUGACUUUGGUGCAGAUGGAGGCAACAUCUGUGCCAUUUUCUCUUCAAGUCAAUACGGAGACAUCUGCUCCAGUGCCGGGUUUCGGGAUGUUCAUGGUGACGUCUACUGCUGCUACCAUCUUUUCUCCUGCUGCAACAGAUCAACAAACUUUGACCGUCCCUGCUACUGUAAAACCAUCUAUUUUGUUGUCGGUCCCAAAAAACUUUUCGGAUUUACCAGAGACAACCUUGGUUUCUGGGGACAAGGCCGAUAUCACCAUUACGGUUUUGGAGGGAAAAGCGGUUUUGGGUGCAGAGUUUGCCACAGAAUUGUUUUCUAACUGGGCUAUUGGGCUGAUAAGCGGCCUAGCCAUCACGGCAUUUGGAAUGGUGACAGGAUGGGUUGCUUAUUGUCUGAGGAAAAAGCCUUGGUUGCUGCCAUUCCUGAGGGCAGCGGAGGAGGUGUGGAGAAUCUUAAUGCCCCUGACAACUCCAGCGUCAUCUCCUUUACCACCGCAAUCGUCGGUUGAAGUGGUAUCCAACUUGAUCUCCCUGGACAUUGUGCCUGAUCUGCUUCCACCUCCUGCUGAUUUUGUUUCUGAUCUUGAAUCUGUUUUGGAAGAAGCUCAAAAUUCCGCGGUUAAUCUAGUACUCAAAGAAAGGAUUCCGGUGGAAGGGUUCAUGCGGAUCUGGGGAUACUUUGGUGCGGGCUCACUUGGCCUCGACUAG